AUGUCAAGUAAUGAACACUGGAAUCAAAUAUGUAACAAAUCAUCGACUUAUUUUGAAGAGUGUUCAAUAAAUUUUGCUAAUAAUCUAUUAAAUAUAGAUAUUAAUUAUUUUAAUAUCUAUGAUAAAACAAAUCAAGAAGACAAUGAGAAAAUAUCAUUAUCAAAUAAGAUAGAUGAAUAUUCAUUACAGACAUCAAUGACAAAUAACUCAUCAGCAGAAUCUAUUCCAUUGAAUCUUAUUUGUGGUGUUUGUGGUGCACCAGCACAUGGUUAUAAUUUUGAUCAAAUUACUUGUGAAUCAUGUAGAGCAUUUUUUCGUCGAAAUGCAUUAAAAAAUAUGUAUCAAUUUGAAUGUCGUUUCGGUGGUACCUGUGUUAUAAAUAUGCAUAAUCGUCGUCAAUGUACUCAUUGUCGAUUAAAAAAAUGCUUUGCUAUAAAUAUGCGUAAAGAUUGGAUACGUACUGAAGAAGAACGUCGAUUACGACAAUUAAAAAAAUUAUAUAAACAAAAAAAACAACUAAAUGAAUUAUCAUUAGAUGAACAACAAUUGAUUGCAAAUCUUCCAUUAGUUGUACGAAAGAAAAAAGGUACUAAAUCAUUAAUUACAAGACAAGUAACACAAGAACUUGUUGUUUCAAAAAUUGAAUCUAUUUAUCCAAUCGAUACUUUUGCUAUUCAUCGUAAUUUAUCUAACGAUGAUAGAAUUUUAUUAAAUAAUAUUAUGAAUGCUUAUAAACUUGGAGCUGAUCAAGCUGAUUAUUCUCAUAUUAAUCGAUGUACAUCAUCAACAACUUUAGUACAAUUCUUAAAUGAUGAAACUGCUAUAUAUGAAUCAUUAAUUUGUUUUUAUAAACAAAUACCAGAGUUCAAAAAGUCUAAUUUAGCUGAUCAAGUUUUAUUAAUUAAAUCUAAUGUUCUUUAUCCAUCAUAUUCUCUUUCUGAUUUACGGUUUUGGUCAGAAUUAUAUUCAUGUGGUACACAAUAUAUACCCACUGGUUCAUCUGAACAUUCAUUAUCUUUGGUUCCGGGUCGUUAA